AUGACAAAAAACAUUGAUGUUAAUAAUUCAAAAGAUUUGAUUGAAGAAGUCAUUUCUAAGAAGUAUAUAAAAUAUUAUGAAUAUGAAAAUUUUCAAGAUAUUGAAAAAAUAAACAAAAUUGAUUUUGGAAUAGUUUAUCGUGCAAAAUGGAAAAAUUCGGGACAAAAUCUUAUAUUAAAAUCAUUUAAUCUUAAUAUUGCAAUUAUUAAAGAAAUAAUUCAUGAGUUUGAACUUCAUCAUAAAUUUGAUUUUAAUAAAAAUAUUAUUCAAUUUUUCGGUAUUACUGAUAAAGAUCAAACCGAUCAUCAAUUGAAGGAAUAUUUAUUAAUAAUGGAACAUGCUGAUAGUGGUUCUCUCCAAAACUAUUUGAAAGAAAAUUUUAACGAGCUUACAUGGGAAGAUAAAUACAAAUUAGCAUAUCAGUUAGUUGAUGCUGUAUCAUAUCUACAUGAUGAAGAAAUUGUACAUCAGGAUUUGCACUCUGGUAAUAUAUUAAUUCACCAAAAUACUAUCAAAUUAAGUGAUUUUGGAUUAUCAAAAAGAAUCAAAGAAGUAUCUGAACAAGAAAAAUCAAAUUUAUUUGAAAUAGUUCCUUAUAUUGACCCAAAAUGGUUAAAUUGUAAUAUCAAUUUAAUGCAAUCAUAUUCAUUAAAUAAAAAGAGUGAUGUUUACAGUAUUGGAGUAAUUUUAUGGGAGAUAUCAAGUGGUCAACUACCGUUUAAAGAUGAAUCAUAUGAUGCUGUUCUAAUCAUGCGAAUUAUACAAGGCUAUAGAGAAAAAAUUAUUCCAGAUACUCCUUCUAAUUAUUCAAUUCUUUAUACUGAAUGUUGGAAUAAUGAACCUGAUAAUAGACCGACUGUGAACCAAGUAGUUGCCAAGUUAAAAGUAAUUAUCGAUCUUAAUAAUUCAUCAUAUAAAGAAUCAUAUCAUCAAAUUAUGCAAAAUUUUGAAAUAAAUAAAGAGGAAAUAGGACCUACAAUUCAAAAUAUUCAUGAAGUUAUAUUUGAAGAGGAGUUAGGUAUUAUGGUUGAUGAAUUGAUUAAUAUUUAUUUUAAUGAGUUAAAUAAAGGAAAAGAAGAAAAUGAAAGAAAGAAGUGUAUUUUAAAUUAUAUUAAUAAUUGCAAGAUAAAUUUACAAGAAAUCUAUACUUGGAUUUUAAAUAAUCAAAAUGAUUCAAAUUCUAUUUAUUUACUUGGAUAUUUUAAUUAUCAUGGAAUUGGAAUAAAUGUUAAUAAGAGUAAUGCAUAUCAAUUAUAUGAAAAAGCCGUAAAAUUAGAAAAUAUCGUAGCACAAUUAGAAUAUGCUAAUAUGUGCAUUCAUGUUUUUAAAAAUUAUGGUAAAGCUUUUAAAUUAUCUAGAAAAUUAGCAGCAGGAGGAAAUCCAAAUGCUAUAAAUAGGUUAGGAUAUUGUUAUGAGAAUGGGUUUGGAACCGUUAUUAGAGUGAAAAGGGCAUUCGAAUUGUAUCAAAAAGCAGCAAAUUUAGGAAAUUCAAAUGGAAUAAAUAAUUUAGGACGUUGUUAUGAAGUUGGAACUGGAAUUGAUAUUAAUAAAACAAAGGCGUUUGAAUUAUAUCGAAAAGCAGCAGAUUUAGGAAAUUCAUAUGGAAUAUAUAAUUUGGGUUGUUGUUAUGAAAAUGGAAUUGGAAUAAAAGUUAAUGUUCAUGAAGCAUUUAAAUUUUAUCAAAAGGCGGCAGAUUUAGGAAAUUCUUAUGGUUUAAAUAAUUUAGGAAUUUGUUAUAAAAAUGGAAUUGGAAUUAAUAUUGAUAUGAAAAAAGCAUUUGAAUCCUUUCAUAAGUCGGCAAAUUUAGGAAAUUAUUUCGCUCAAUACAAUCUUGCUUAUAUGUACGAAGUUAGUAAUGGUAUUAAUAAUAUAAAUCAAGCAAUUAAUUGGUACAAAAAAUCUGCUGAACAAGGAUAUCAUUAUGCUCAAAUUAAAUUAAGAGAACUUUUAGGAGAAUGAAUUUUUUGUCAUAAUAGUUUAUAUUUUAACUUUAAAACUUAAAUUAAUAAUGAAUUUAUAAAAUAAGUUCAAUUUUCGUUAGCAUAUUACAAUAUUAUUUGUUGAGUUAUUAUAUCGAUGUAUUUAUUGUGCUUAGAAAAUCGCCUUUUAGCAUAGUAUUAAAUGCGAUAAGCGUGAAACCGUUUAAGAAUUAAUAAAUUUAAUAAAUUUU